AUGUCUAUUCAAAUGACCUUGGUGUUCGGCACCUUAAUUCUCGAGAUGGUAGUCCUUUUCGGCUUAGUUUUACCUCUUCCUCUUAUGCUUAGGCAGAGAUUUGUUGAGCUUGCCAAUAUAUUGAAGAAUCUGAAAAACUUCAAGAUUGGAACUGCAUUCACCACAAUUCUAUUGCUUAUGCAGUUUGUGGACUGUUUGCAGAGAUUGAAGAAGUACGACUACGUCUCCAAUCCUUACUAUACCACCAGUGGCAAGGAGGGUGUAGCUGCUGCUGCUGCUGGUUAUGGCCGUCCUCCACUCACCAGUGAACAAUUGGCUUCUAAGUUCUAUUCUCAAAGGAAUUUGUAUAUCACUGGUGCUGUGUUGUACUUAGAAAUUGCCAUCGCGACUGUUUUACCAAUUAUACGUAAGCUAGUAGCUAAAGAGGCUGAAUAUAGGAAGCUUUCAUCUUCGGAAAGGGAGGCUUUAAGUAGCGUAGACACUUCAGAGGCCGAAAAAUUAAAGAAAUUGAUUGCUGCAAAGGAUCUUGACAUUGCAACUUUCAAGAAGCAGAUCCAAGGUUUGCAAAGAUCUUACGACGAUUUGACAAAGGAUGAGGUUGUUGAUAAGAAGAGUGAUUAG